GGAGACUCGGCCGCACGCUGAUGACGUCAUGUUGCUAGGUGUUUAGUGGGAAGCACAUCGGGACGCGCUUUGAUGACGUAGAAGACGUCUACUGGCGGAAGCGGGGACAGCAGCAUAAGCAUAAGCAGCAACAUGGCUUCGGUGGUGCUGAGUGAAGCGGAGAAGGUGUACAUACUGCAUGGAAUUCAGGAUGAUCUGCGGAUAGACGGCAGAGGAUGUGAAGACUACCGAGGGAUUGAAGUGGAGACUGAUGUUGUGUCAAAUACUACUGGAUCUGCACGUGUGAAAAUUGGUCACACAGAUGUCCUAGUGGGAGUCAAAGCAGAGAUGGGAACACCAAAGUUGGAGCGUCGUAAAGAAGGGUAUCUGGAAUUCUUUGUAGAUUGUUCUGCUAAUGCCACUCCAGAGUUUGAAGGACGUGGAGGAGAAGAGCUUGGCGGUGAGAUUGCCAGCAUGCUUUAUAAAAUAUUUGAUAACAAGCGCAGCAUUGACCUUGAAUCGCUCUGCAUUCUGCCCGCUGAGCACUGCUGGAUUCUCUAUGUGGAUGUGCUGCUAUUGGAGUGUGGCGGUAACCUGUUUGACACCAUUUCUAUAGCAGUAAAGGCAGCACUCUUCAAUACGAGGAUACCUAAAGUGCGUGUUCUGGAAGAUGAUGAAGGAACCAAAGAAAUAGAACUUUCUGAUGAUCCUUAUGACUGCAUGCGGCUGAAUGUAGAGCAUGUCCCUUGUAUUGUCACACUAAGCAGAAUAGGUCACAGACAUGUAGUAGAUGCCACUUUGCAAGAAGAAGCCUGUUCAUUGGCAAGUCUUCUUAUCUCUGUGACAAGCAAAGGUACUUUGACUUGUAUGAGGAAAAUAGGCAAAGGAAGUUUAGAUCCAGAAAGCAUCUUCGAAAUGAUUGAGACUGGAAAGAGUGUUGCAAAGUCCUUACAUGUAUCCUUACAAAAUGUAUUAAAUCAAGAAGAAAGCCUAGGGAAGAAGAGACAAAAGAUUGGCUUCCUAAGGCGUAUUUAAUAAAGUGCAGGCACACAGUGUGCUCCAGACAGUAGAUUGCCAGCGGUGGGACUAUCAUGGAGUUCAGACGAGUGUGCCUGCUUCUGU